GUCGCUGGUCAGAGGCGUCAUCCGUGUCUUUUCCGUAUUCUACUCUCUGCUCACGUCCUCGUCCUCGUUUGUUCUGUUAAGUAUCACCUAGCGAUUCUUUUGCGACCGCUAUUUUCCCCUGUUUUCUUCUCUGGAGCGGAAUGCGUUUGGACGCUGCCUGUGCCACGCAUGUAGAUGACCUAUCCUACCGGGACUCUCAAGCGUUGCAUUGCAGGUUGUUAUCCAUCCUUAGGGUGGUAUUCGUCUCCUCGCGCGCAAAGCCUACUACGAAACCCGUAGAUGACGUAGAUGAACAGUCAGUUCUCUAUCCACAUGCGUCGCUGCAAUUGUCUUGUAUCUUCUGCGGCGCAUCCAAGGAAAACGGUUUCAAUAUCGUUUGGGAGAAUGAUACCUAUACAGUAUUCACAGAUAUUAAUCCUUCUGCCGAGCAUCAUCUGCAAGUGAUUCCGAAACGACAUAUAGAGAGCGUGAAGGUAUUACACCCAUCCGAUGCUGUAAUGGUAAGAGAAAUGAUGGAUAUCGGCCACAAAAUCUUGGACGGCUUGGACACCCCUCCUCACCUCAGACGCCUGGGCUUUCAUAUCCCUCCGUACAUCUCGGUGCCCCAUCUACACAUGCAUGUGCAAGCACUGCCAUAUCGCUCGUGUCUACGACGGCUAAAGUACCCUGUCGCUCCGGGCCGGAAAGGCUACGAGAAAGGGUUUAGUUGGUUUGCUGACGCCGAACAGACCGCACACCUUCUGGAGAAAGGAGUUCAGGUCCGCAUCUUCCCCUGCUGAACAGGCACCUCUGGCUUUUCGUCUCGAGUACAUUCAUAUCCUAAUACACGACCUAUUUGCGACAUCCUCUGCAAUCGCCUGACCAUGACUUGCCCACAGUCAGCCUGUACCCGUGGAUCCUCUUCUCAUGCAACUUCAACUCGCAUCAUGUGGGCCGGCGAGAUCGUUUCUCCUCUCCAAUGGCCCUUCCGAUGGCUCUCCCGGUGGAUCGCCGCCAUCCUCCUGGUGACAUUCCACCACCCACCGGCGGCCCAAAAGCUUCCUGCGCAAGCCCGCCGUCUGUCCAUCGAGCUCAAGUCCUAGGAUAGGCGUCAUCACUUAUUUGGGGAUCUACAUUGCCCUGAGAGGGCUAUUAUUACCAUGGCCGUGCCAUGGGUGGGAGUUUCUGGUCCUCUAUUUUUGUGUGUCGUGCGUCCUCGGAGGGUCGACCCCAUGGGAAGCCGUCAGAAGGCACGCCUCAUUAAUGGUUCGUUUCAAACAUUGCGUCCUAAAUAGGCGUGCACGACUCAGCGAUCCUAUUGACAGGGUCAUUGCCUCUUCCAGCUAAUACACAUCGUCGACGUCCUCCGAGGACUUCUCGUUGCCGAUUGCGAGGGAAUACGGACGUGAACGUAACAGGCUACGGCGUCCGUCACUGUUACCCAGCCCUCGGUACCGUUGUGUUUCCAUGGACUGUCACACGAGGGCAACAUGUCACUUCGAGCACCCCGUUCCUGAACCUUCGGUGCGCUAUGUAUCGAUUGGGGCAGACCCCGAGUCGUUUCCCGGCCGCGCGGACGCACGCUCAAGUGAUUAUUUAUGUCCAGAUAUGGCUGAGACGGAACGAUAACGAAGCUACAAGAUCACACCGUCGCAAGGUAUGUCGACCUAGAGCCACCGAAGGAUAAUUUGCCGCUGGUUCGAGGCAUAAGGCGGCCCGCUCGUCCUUCGCCAGCCCGUCAGUCUAAAACGUGCGAUCGCAGCCGGGGCGACCACAAUGAUUGGCCUGGACUAGGACGAUAGCUCCCGGAGGAUCCCUCAGACUCAUCUGUAGUUUCCCGCUUUACGAGUGCUCAUUCCACGUCCACGCAAUCACGCGGGCUUUGGUCAGCAGCAUGCUUCGCAAAGGUCGACUCCACGUCAACCUCACACCCUAUCAGGGCUUGGCGAUUUGUUUCAAAUGCGGCAUCUCGAGAUCCGUGCCCGAUGGCCCUUCGACAACCCACGAAGUUCAGCCCCGAAGUGGCUAACUGAUCGUAGUAAACUCGGGCACGACACCCUGGCACCUCAAGGAAGCUCACCGUAUGUGCACCGGCGGUGUAAUCCCCAGGCUAUGGCCUAAGGUGACCUGUGGCGUACACAGGUGUGCCGCCAUCAAUUCCUGCGUAGAUGCUUAGGUGAUUUUCGCCGACGGAGAAGGUAUAAAUGCCUCAGCUCAAAUGCGCAUUUCCUCACCGCCAGGGUUCACCAGCAUUCUCCGCAAUGGUCCGCUCACUCCUCUCUCUCGUCGCUCUAUCUCUGCAGCUUGGGUCCGCCCUAGCUGCACCUGCGGCCAGCGCGGCCUCUGCCGCUGACGCUUCGGCCGCAGCGAGCGUGUCCCUCGCGACAGCCGCAUCUGCGGUAUCUUCCGUAGCUACUGCAUCCCUUGCGACGAACGCGUCCCCCGCGGCCAGCGCAGCCCCCGACGCUAGCGGCUCUGUGUCUGCGGCUGCACGAGGCACCCCUUCGGGGACCCAGAUUUCUCCGCCGGAUGCCACUGUACCACCCGCGAGCGAUGACCCCAACAACGUGAUCUUCCAGCCUAACGCCCCCGACGUCAACCCCCAGCCAAUUCGUGGGCAGCUCGGCGCCCCCACGAUCACCAACGAGAACAUUCCUGUCGACGUGCAGAACCCAGAUCUGCUCGCACCGCCGUCGACGGACCAUGGGGAAUUCCAGAACGCAAAGUGGCCGUUCAGUCUCAGCCAUAACCGUCUACAGACAGGAGGCUGGGCCCGUGAGCAGAACGUCGGUGUCAUGCCCAUCUCAACCUCUAUGGCCGGUGUGAAUAUGCGUCUGGAAGCUGGGGCAGUUCGGGAGCUGCAUUGGCACAAGACUUCUGAGUGGGCAUAUAUCUUGAACGGUUCCGUCCAAGUGACUGCUAUCAAUGCGGAUGGCCAGAACUUCAUCGGGCACGUGAACCCAGGGGACCUUUGGUUCUUCCCUGCUGGUAUGCCUCACAGUCUUCAAGCGACCAACGAGAAUCCGGAUGGUGCCGAAUUCGUGCUCGUCUUCCCCGACGGCUCCUUCAGCGAAGACUCGACGUUCCUGCUGACUGAUUGGUUGUCGCACAUUCCCAAGGAAGUCAUCGCCAAAAACUUCCAGACCAGCAUCUCCGCCUUCAACAACCUUCCCAGCCAGGAACUAUACAUUUUCCCGAGCACUCCCCCUCCGGUCAACCAGCAACCUCCUAGCGACCCUCAAGGUACCAUUCCACAACCCUGGACGUUUGCCCUGUCGCAGGUCAAGGCUACUCAGGUCCAAGGAGGCACUAUCAAGAUUGUCGACCAGACCACUUUCCCGGCUUCGACCCAGAUCUCUGCAAUCGAGGUGACGGUCGAGCCUGGUGCUAUGAGGGAAAUUCAUUGGCAUCCCACUCAAGAUGAAUGGACCUUCUAUAUUAGCGGACAAGGUCGCGUCACGAUCUUCGCCGGAACGUCGACAUCUAGGACGUUCGACUAUCAGGCCGGUGAUGUCGGUUUCGUCCCCGCUUCGAUGGGUCAUUUCGUUGAGAACACCGGUAACGACACGCUCCACUUCUUGGAGCUCUUCCCCUCCGGCAUUGUCCAGGACGUUAGUUUAAGACAGUGGUUGGCUUUGACGCCGCCAGAGCUGGUUCAGGUCCACCUGGGUAUCGAUCAGGACACCCUCAACCAGCUCACCAGCUUCAAGACAAAGGAGUUCGUUGUAGGCCCGUCCCAGUAAUCUCUUAUUCGUCAUAUCAAUCCGGC